AUGCUGCCCAUGGUACAAACAGAACCUGUGCUAUUCAAUUGCGGGGUUCAUUCGGUCAAUGUGGCCGCUUCUCCUCCGGCCACAUUGCCACCCUCGCUUACACCGGAUUCGGAAGUGGACGAACUAGUCGACAUCUUCUUCGACGUUGAUGUUGCUGUUAACACCGUGUCGAGAAUUGAAUCCUGUGACCUCCAACUGGGAGACACAUGGAGGGGGAUGCAAGGCAAGAUGAGCGUGCCAGCGCCGGUUAAGAAGAUAAGAAAAAAGUCAGACAAUAAGCCACAAUCUCAAAUAAAUAAGUGUCACAACGAGAAGAAGCGACGGGAGCUCGAAAACGCUACCAUAAAUCAACUUGAAGAACUUUUGAGUACCUGUCUUGCUGAAGUAAAGCAGCCAGAUAAGAACGGAAUCGUAAGCGAGGCUACUCGGCAGAUCGAGGAGGUGCUGCGGCGCAGGAAGGAGUGUCCUGAGGAGUGCCCGCUCCGCGCCGCCCAGGGCCGCUCUCCUGUGCAGGCUGGCGAGGUUAGCUCCACCCAGCCGUCCUGCGCUGGAUUACAUUACUCGGAGACCAACUCGCUAAUCGAGGCUCUCAAGCAUUACACUGGCACCCUCGGAUGGGUUUUAUUGGAAAUAAACUCAAAGGCUGAAAUAGUAUGUAUAACCGAAAAUAUUAAAGAGCUCACUCUGCAGGACAGAACUGAGUUAUACAAGAAAUCAAUAUUCUCGCUUUUGCAUAGCAAAGAUCAUGCAAAAUUGAAGCCACUGUUAAGAAACACACAAAACUUUAAUUGGGGCGCGUCAGAAAUUAAAUCUGGACAGGAGAAAUUUCAAGCUAUACAGGCUCGUCUUCUUGUCAAGAACUCCAAUGGGACUGACAGUACUGGGUACGUGGACUGCGUGAUCCAGGCUGCGGCAGUGCGCAGCUCGUCCUCGGAGGAGGCCGGCGCCGUCAUGUGCGUCAUCCGGCGCUGCGAGGACGCGUCGGCCGCACUUCUCCCAGGCGACGGCGGCCCGCCCGCCAGCACCGCCAAGCCUUCUGAUCACAUCGUCUUCAGAUUGGAUUGCAACUUCAUCAUUUUACUUUGUGAUUUAAGAGGAGUGGAAAAUUUAAUGAACACUGCUGUACCCCUAGUGGGUACACGUUAUUUGGAACUUGUUGAGAAUAGUGAUCGUAUUCGUGUAGCCGCGCACCUGCAAGAGGCUACGUGUCUUCCCGCGCCGCCAGCGAUCAGUGAACCUUUUCGCAUACGUAUUGCCCCAGACAGACCUUGCUUUAGAGUUAUAGCACAGUCGCGUCUUUUUAGAGCAAAACCGUCGUCGGGUGAACCGGAUUUUAUAAUGUCCACGCAUACAGUGCUUAACGACGACGAAAUGGAUCUUUUGGAAACAGAUGGUCCUCGACCUCCUGUCGGUGGUCCACUCAUGACGUCCGUCGCUAACGGGGAAUCCUCUUCUUGUGAACCCCGAUAUCAGUCUUCGAUAAGUCCUAACGACGGCACGUUCUUAAGCGAGUUCGACCUCGAACCCUGGGCGUCUUCUCUGCUCGAUAUGCCCAGCGAAGAUACUAAAGAACGUAAGGAAAGUAUCGAAGGACCCUCGCAGCCUCCGACGCCGCGAGCGCCUUCGACUCCGGGCGAAGGGCCGCCCUCGAAUCAGCCGGCCGAGGAACCGAAUAGACUUCGGACGCUCCUAAGCAAGAAGCCGAUGCCGGCGAACGACAACAACGUGAACUCGAACAACCGCAUCCUCAAGGACCUGCUGAAGCAGGAGGACGAGGACGCCACGGGCAGCGAGACGUCGGCGCCGCACACGCCGCACACGCCGCACACGCCCCACACGCCGCACACGCCCAGCGCCGCGCUGUCGCCGCUGCAGUCGGCGCCCGCGCACCCGCGCGCGCCGCUGCCGCCGCACGCCGCGCACCCCGCGCACCCGCCGCACCCCGCGCACCCCGCGCACUCGCUGCAGCAGGCGCACCACAACAACUCCGACGUCCUGCUCAGGAUAUUAAAAGAUAAAUCUGACGAGGAUGCGGAGGAUAACAGAAGAAAUUCUGCAGACGGGAGUAGGGGUGUUUCUCAACCUAGUGCACUGUUGUCCCAAUUACUUUCAAGUAGUAAUGGACCGUCUGGAAAUAAUGGACGACAACAGGAAAGCAGUGACAAUUAUCUUGAAAGAAUUGCCGGAGUGAAACGCAAGUUCGAAGAAGCUAAAGGAGUAGCAAAUAACUCUAAAAGAGCCACGCCUGAAAACCAACAGGUCACAUCGAGUGCUCUUCCCGCGUCAUCAACGACGUCUUCGACGGCGACGAGUCCAGCGAGCAGUAGCAGCCCCGGCAUGAGCUCGCUGUGCCGCAAGAACCAGAUCCUGGUGUCUUUGCUCGCGCGGCAGCAGACCACGCCCACCACGCCCCUCCCCCUGCCCCACCCCAACCUGCGCGCCUACGGGCCCACCGUCCGCCCGCGGCCCCCGCCCCCGCCUCAGAUGCCGCCGCAGCGACACCACCACUCCACGCUCUCCAACAUACUCACCGGCACCAACCACCGUGCCAAUAACAUGAACGGUGGCGGUGGUGUGUCGUCUGUGGGCGCGGAAGGUCCGGCGGUGAGUAUGGGCAACUCCAGCCACCUGCAGAUGGUGCUGCAGGGCGGCGGGCUGGCGGGCGGCGCGCGCUACCCCGCGCCCCCGCCGCACCCCCUGCACUACUCCGCGCCCGCUCCCGCGCCCGCGCCUGCGCCCCUCUACAACAACCAGGCCACGAGUGGUAACACGCGGCCGCAAGGUGGGAGUGGUAGUGGCGACAGUGAGGUGCCCAGUGACCAGACGCUGUCCGACAUACUGGACGAGGUCAUCGACAACAUGCCGGACGCGGACCGACCGUCGUCCGACGUCAGUGGGCGGCAACGACAGGGCAUGAAAGAAAAGAACGCAAUGAUAAAUGCGAUCAGGCAGAGCCUGAUGCAGUACGAGGCCGUGGAGAAGAGCCCGGGCGGGUCGAGCCCGAGCGGCGGCAGCGCGGCGGGCGCAGUGAGCGCGGGCAGCGCGUACUCGGUGGCGAGCCCGGUGAGCCCCGGCUCGCCCGAGCUGCGCGAGCGCUGGCGGGGCGCGGCCGGGCCGGCGCCCGCGCCGCACUACUCGGACACGGCGCGCGCGCGGGCGCUGGUGGAGCAGCAGCGCGCGCGCCUGCUGCAGCUGCAGCGCAGCCAGCAGAUGCUGGUCUCGCCUGAGGCCGCUGAGCAGCCCCAGGCCGAUUUAGGCUCAACUAUCAACACUUUAGCACCUCCUAACGUAGCUUUAACACGAACGGACUAUCACCAUCAGAUAUAUCAUCAGAAUAAUCAAAUGGGUCCAAAUUAUGGUACAAAUAAAAUAACCACGUCUCAACAGAAUCCUAUGUUGAGUCGACAACUUAGUGUGGCGGGCGCGGGCUACUCGCACGGCGCGUCGCUGCACACGCCGACGGCGCCGCCCUACCACCGCGCGCCGCGCCCGCACCACGUGGGAGGCUACUACGAGGAGGGCGGCGCGGGCGCGGCCGGCUACUGCGCCGAGUACGCGCGCUGCGCGCCGCUGGGCCACGCUCCGCUCGCGCCGUUGCACCACGCGCCGCUCGCGCCGCACCCCCACGCCUCUCCGCUCGACCACCAGCACGCAUGUGAGUACCCCGCCCCGCCGCAGACUGCGUGGAACGAGGCGACACGAACGCCCGAUACGAACGAUUCUCAUGGUUUUACGUCAGGCAUCUCCGAAAUACGAGCAGGGAUUAGCGUUUCGGAAGUAUGUCAAAUUGAUUAA